AUGCGUUCUUUCUCGUCACUUGCUAUCGCGGCGCUUCUAAGCGCUUUCUCAGCCAAUGCUUCACCACUGGCUAUGGAGAAGAGAGUGGCUGUUACCGAUGAACUCGUCAGUGACAUGGGCUUGAUGAGCCAAUACGCUUCGGCAGCCUACUGCUCCGAUAAUUACAAUUCACCUGGCGACAAGGUCAGCUGCGUGGACGGAAAGUGUCCAAUGAUUCAAGCCGCAGAUACAAACACUGUAGCUGAGUAUAGCGAGGACGACAGUUCCACAGAUGUAACAGGCUUCAUCGCCGCAGACCACACCAACAAACUCAUCAUCGUAUCCUUCCGCGGCAGCAAAACUCCAGACAACUGGCUCACGAACCUCGAUCUCGGCAUGACCAAAACCGACAUCUGCAACUCCUGCUCUGCCCACCGUGGCUUCUGGCGAUCCUGGCUCGACUCGCGCGACCGCGUCCUACCAGCCGUAUCGCAAGCCGCCUCUGCAAACCCCUCUUACGAGAUCCGCGUAACGGGCCACUCGCUCGGCGGCGCCAUCGCCACGCUCGCCGCAGCCAGCAUGCGCAACGCAGGCCGCAAAGUAGCACUGUAUACCUACGGCUCACCACGUGUCGGUGGAAGCCAGAUAAGCGAUUACAUCACCAAGCAAGCCGGUGGUAACUACCGCAUCACGCACUGGAACGACCCCGUACCCAAACUCCCGUUGUUGACAAUGGGAUACGUACAUACGAGCCCAGAAUACUACAUCAACAAGCCCAACGGCCAGGCUGUAGCUGCAGCCGAUGUCCAAGUGUACGAUGGAGCAGUUAGCUUUCGCGGAAACGGGCGCUGGCUGUCCAUGGAUGUCGAAGCGCAUAUGUGGUAUUUCACCAGCGUGAAGAUGUGCGAUGCGAAGAAGAUUAAGAGGGGUGUGUUGGAUAUCACGGGGGCAAAGGGGGGCAAGAUGGAAGUUAUGACUGUCUUCUAA